CGCCCCGGGCCGGCGGAGGCGAGGGGGGGGAAGAUGGCGGACGUGCUUAGCGUCUUGCGACAGUACAACAUCCAGAAGAAGGAGAUUGUGGUGAAGGGAGACGAAGUGAUCUUCGGGGAGUUCUCCUGGCCCAAGAAUGUGAAGACCAACUAUGUAGUUUGGGGGACUGGAAAGGAAGGCCAACCCAGAGAGUACUACACAUUGGAUUCCAUUUUAUUUCUACUUAAUAAUGUGCACCUUUCUCAUCCUGUUUAUGUCCGACGUGCAGCUACUGAAAAUAUUCCUGUGGUUAGAAGACCUGAUCGAAAAGAUCUACUUGGAUAUCUCAAUGGUGAAGCGUCAACAUCGGCAAGUAUAGACAGAAGCGCUCCCUUAGAAAUAGGUCUUCAGCGAUCUACUCAAGUCAAACGAGCUGCAGAUGAAGUUUUAGCAGAAGCAAAGAAACCACGAAUUGAGGAUGAAGAGUGUGUGCGCCUUGAUAAAGAGAGAUUGGCUGCCCGUUUGGAGGGUCACAAAGAAGGGAUUGUACAGACCGAACAGAUUAGGUCUUUAUCUGAAGCUAUGUCAGUGGAAAAAAUUGCUGCAAUCAAAGCCAAAAUUAUGGCUAAGAAAAGAUCUACUAUCAAGACUGAUCUAGAUGAUGACAUAACUGCCCUUAAACAGAGGAGUUUUGUGGAUGCUGAGGUAGAUGUGACCCGAGAUAUUGUCAGCAGAGAGAGAGUAUGGAGGACACGAACAACCAUCUUACAAAGCACAGGAAAGAAUUUUUCCAAGAACAUUUUUGCAAUUCUUCAAUCUGUAAAAGCCAGAGAAGAAGGGCGUGCACCUGAACAGCGACCAGCCCCAAAUGCAGCACCUGUGGAUCCUACUUUGCGCACCAAACAGCCUAUCCCAGCUGCCUAUAACAGAUACGAUCAGGAAAGAUUCAAAGGAAAAGAAGAAACGGAAGGCUUCAAAAUUGACACUAUGGGAACCUACCAUGGUAUGACACUGAAAUCUGUAACGGAGGGUGCAUCUGCACGGAAGACUCAGACUCCUGCAGCCCAGCCAGUACCAAGACCAGUUUCUCAAGCAAGACCUCCCCCAAAUCAGAAGAAAGGAUCUCGAACACCCAUUAUCAUAAUUCCUGCAGCUACCACCUCUUUAAUAACCAUGCUUAAUGCAAAAGACCUUCUACAGGACCUGAAAUUUGUCCCAUCAGAUGAAAAGAAGAAACAAGGUUGUCAACGAGAAAAUGAAACUCUAAUACAAAGAAGAAAAGACCAGAUGCAACCAGGGGGCACUGCAAUUAGUGUCACAGUACCUUAUAGAGUAGUAGACCAGCCCCUUAAACUUAUGCCUCAAGACUGGGACCGCGUUGUAGCCGUUUUUGUGCAGGGUCCUGCAUGGCAGUUCAAAGGUUGGCCAUGGCUUUUGCCUGAUGGAUCACCAGUUGAUAUAUUUGCUAAAAUUAAAGCCUUCCAUCUGAAGUAUGAUGAAGUUCGUCUGGAUCCAAAUGUUCAGAAAUGGGAUGUAACAGUGUUAGAACUCAGCUAUCACAAACGUCAUUUGGAUAGACCAGUGUUCUUACGAUUUUGGGAAACGUUGGACAGGUACAUGGUAAAGCAUAAAUCCCACUUGAGAUUCUGAAUUAUUUGGCUCCUCCAUUUCUGGAAAUUGAGACUCAAGCUUUAUGAAUUUAUCAAGAACUUAAAAAUGAAGAAGGUCACAGAUUGAUCUUUUAUAAGACCUUAUUUGAUGCUUUGUGCUUCAAGGAGAUGAUGCCUGUCAUCCAUAUAAGCAAACUUUUUGGCUUACGACUAUUUUUUUAAUAUUAGCCUUCUAGUCUGUAAUGGAAAUUGUAUAUUUUGAUAGAAGUUUUUUCUCCAUUGGUUAAAUUAGCAUUACUUAAAAUUUGUUUUAGAAAAUAAAUGCAGGUUAUAAAUGUGUGUAUAUUUAGAGAUUAUAAAAGGCUCUCUGAGCCAUCUUCUGAUUUUUCAUUGCUCUAUAAUUCUUUUUACUAAAAAUACUAUGUUGUGAAUGGUAUUAAAUUUUAGUCUCUGGAACAUCCAAAACCAAGCAAAGGGAUGUGACUAUUUUGAAUGAAUCAAAAUGUCAAAACCUGUAUGUACACUAUAUCUACACUUACUCUUUAUUUAAAAAGAAUGAUGAAAAAUCGAGAACAAUUCUUCAAUUUGAACUGUUCAGCCUUUCCAAGAUUUAUUUACAAAUGAUUACAUUUAAAUGAAUGUACAUUCUUCUCACUGACUUUGGUGAUUUUGAAACCUAGAAUGAUGUGUUUCUAUCUGUGAUAUCUUUCCAUUUGAAAAAAAAUCUCAAAACACAGAUUAAAACCACAAUAGGCUGUAGUAUUUUUUAUUUUGGGAGCCAGAGUAUGAUUUGGGGAAAGAAUAUGUAUCAACCCUGUUGCAGUAUAACUUUAAGCUACUUUUCUCUUUAGUCCACCUUUGAUUCUAAUUUUUAUGGUAUAGGAUUUUGAAUCUUCUAUUUUAGGCUUGUCAGUCUUGGAGUUGUUAUCUUCCACUAUCCCUAAAUAUUGAUAAACUCCCAGGCACCAAAGAAAACAUUUGCUUAAUUGUCUGAAAAGAAACAAGAGAAAAACACUGGUAUUUUUAUGUGUGUAUUCAAUAUGGUGUAAAAUAUGAAAACUAUAUUUUAACUUAGUAAAAUAUUUUUUACUAACAAAAUGUUGCAUCCAAGGUACAUCAAGUGACCAUUUUCCUUGAACCUUGAUUUCACUUUUUUUUUUUAACUUAAAAGCAACUAGGAAGCUUUGCUUUCCUAAACUGUUUUUGCCAUUGGAAUUUUUGCUGAUCACAGUCUUAUGUCAUUUUUUUUCUCCGUUUUUAUUUCCAGCAGUUUUCUCCAGGGUUAACAUAUGUUUGGUAAACAGGCCUUUCAUAGGUAUUAAGCUGACAUUAUCUAGCUUCUUAAUGAAAUUUAACACUGUCACAAAAAUGGGAAGUUACUAUUUUUUUAAGUAGUCACAUAGUUCAUACCACUAGUAACUAGAAAAGAUAUUUAUUCACAUGAUAUUUACAAGGCUCUUCAGAAGAGAACAGUCAGCAUUUUAAAUUACUAGAUUUUAGCAUACUUACAAGGUUUGAACAGAUUCUACCCCUAUUUUCCUACCUUCUUAGCAUCUUCUUUCCUUAAAGAUAAAAGAAAAAUUUGUUCACAUUAGGCUUUCUUAGCAUAUAAAUCUGUUUCCAAAAUAAAUUACAUGUUGUGUAAACUUUCUCCAUGAUGAAAUAGUCAAGGACCAGAAUCUGUGAUAUUUUUAUGUAAGAUUACUUGUCAAGACUACUACAAGUCAAUAUGAACUACCUUCCCAUAAAGAUUUUUGGUAUUUGUACUUAUUUAUGAACUUUACUGGAUACGGAAUAUGGUUAAAAUUAGGAACAUCUACUUUGAACGAGGUUUAUUUUUCUAUUUUGAAUUUGCCUUAUGUAUAUUCAAAGGCUUAUGGAAAUACUGUAAAGGAACAUUAGGAAAAGGACAAAUACGCUGUAACCAUCUAUCUUAAAAUCAGACCCUUAGUAUAAGUACCUCUUUUCUCUUUUUCUCUUUGAUAAUUUAGUCACUUAUUUAGGUCCAUGUGAUUAAUUUCAUUCCAUUAUUUUUUAGCUGUUUGUUCUAAAAAACAAAAUUUUUCAGCCAGUCCCUAUUUAUUUCCCCCAUGCCAUGGUCCUAUAUAGCAGUACUUAACACAGUGCCUUGCACAUAGUAGGCAUUCAGUAAAUACUUAUAUGCAUGAAUGAAUAAUGUAUUUUCAGUGUAACAAAUUUAUUAUAAAAGUGUAGUUUGACUCUACUUUGUCUUGGAGUUUGAGAGUACAGAAUUACAGGGAAUGAAGAGAGGUAUAAGUAGAUAUUUUACUGGAAAUGAAGUAUAAAUUAAUAACUUGACUUACCCGUCCAUAAGUUACUGCUAACUGGAGAUACCCUUGUAUGCCCAACCUGUAAAGGAAAGUUCUAUUUCUAUACUCAUAGGACAUUCUUCUCAGUCAGGGAACAGUAAGAAAUAUGUAAGUUUCACUCAGUUGCUCUCAACCCUGACUGCAUGUUAGAAUCAUUUGGAGAGUUUUUAAAAAUACCUAUGCCUGAAUCUUGAUUCCCAUUUUCAUGUAAUUUGAGACAAGACCUGGUCAUCAGUAUUUUUUUUU